AUGCGUGCACACAGAAUCGAUACAUUUCUCAUAAGAGAAAACAUCAAACUGGAGAUCAUACAUGAAUCGAAUUCAUAUUUUGGCGGAGAACAUAUAUCAAUCGCUUUCCGAUUCAAGCACUUAGGCUCACAGAGUGAAUUGUUCAACUAUAAAGAAAAGCUUCUCACUAUUGAUAAAGCGGUUGAAGAGAAGUUAGAACAACAGGCGAAAAUUCAGGAUGAUGCUGAAGGCACGAUGGAAAAUCAAGCCUGGUCACUGAAAUCAUUACUAGGUGCCUUCAAGAAAACAGGUGGUCCUGGAGAAAGCGUGGAUUCACAUAACAUGGAAAUGCUACAUGAGAAUAAGGUUUUAAGAGGAAGAAUACUGAAGCAAAUGUAUUUUCAUCAACCUGUUACUCUAAUAUCUGGUUAUGUUCAAAUAUCGGGCAUCUUUCAGUACGAUUCAGAAGUAAUUGCGCAGUCAAAAUUUGAACAAAAUGAAGUAAGAAUGGUAGGGCUGGAUAUUUUAUCUGGACAUGCAACAAAUUCUGUCUUUGCAUCUGAGGAUGGGGAUCAUGUUAAAGGUAGGAGAAAUUUAAUCAAGUAUUUCAAUUCAGAUUAUACAAAUGUGAGCAAUGGUCUUCUUUUCUCAGAAACCAGUUCUAGGGGAGGAACAAGUAAUUAUAAUGAACGGACCUUAGCGAACUCAAACGAUACCAGCAUAAGAACAUUGCCUCUCCUUCUGAUACCACAGACACUUAUAUUUUCUGAAAUUUCUUUGGAGCCUGGUGAAGUAAGGACGUUCUAUUUUAAAUCUACAAAAUUGCCAAAAGAUAUAUGCCCAAGUUAUUCAUCAUCAAAAAUUGCAUCAAUAAAUUACACCCUUGAGGUUGGUGCGGAUGUACUUUCUGAUGAUAACAUCGAGGCAUUUUCGAAUAGAGUCCCAAUAACAAUAGCACCAUAUAUUAGUUCGAAUGCUGAACAGUAUACAUCACAUCUCGAUAAGCCUCCUAUCGUAUUAAAGGCAGGUAACAUAAAAGAAUUGAAGCCGCGUUCAUUCACUCGAAAAGUUUCUACAGCUUCUGCUGUAUCGUUUGGUAGGAGGAAAUCAUCUAUAAUUGGCAUUGAUUCUCCAUUAGAAGAUAGUGAAUUUGUCAAGCGCGUCAAAAAAAACUUUAUUGAAUUAGUAGAAUCCAACCAGAAUGUGCCAAGAGAUAUAGAUGAACUCACUGACUUACAAAUGGAAGUACAGUUUGGAAAGGAUGAAGAUUCUUCGGAUCCUGAACCCAACGACUCCCACUUUUCGAAUGAAAUGGUGACAUCUGCAGAGUCUAGCACGACAGGCAAUGCUGUUACUAAGAGGAGGAAAAGUGACUCUGUACGCGAUAACAUCUCUAAUCUCGACCAAAAGGUGUGGAAGGAUUGUUCUCUGGCUAAGUCAGAUGAGAACUCUAAUCUUCUACCCCAGUUAGUUAAUUUACAACGCGCAUACCAAAUUAACAGAAACAAUGAGACUAUGGCAACAUUAUCUUUGUCAGCACCUUUUUAUAAGACAACCGAUGACAUAAAUUUGGUCAUUGAAUUAGAUUCGAUAACGACACCUUUACUAAAAGUAACUUCGUUGACUGUGUCCUUAGAAUCGUUUGAAAUUAUAAAUCCAAAAUACAAGACUGAAGGGAAACGAAUGGGGAGCAAGCCAAAAGGGAACUCGGUGUAUGAGAAGCAUUUCAUUUGUUUUGAUGAGUGUAAGUCUGUGUCGGUAAAAUUACUUCCUCCAAGAUCGCCCACGAACCAAAUUACUGGGCAAUUCAAGACAGAUGUCUUCCAACACAAGUGGAUGAUAGGACUAAAAUUCGUAAUAGUCGCAAAGACAGAAAGUAUUACGUUGGAUCAGUUUUACGAGGAUAAAAAGGGCGUUCUGUUUCAUUCAAAAGAGAAUCUAGAAGGUGAAGAGUUUACAUGUUACAUUCCCAUUCCAAUAUUAGGCACAUCUGAAGAUUUCAUGGGAUGGUAA